AUGUUUGGGAUCGUCUGGGCGUUGGGGAUCGUCUAUCUCUCGGGUGUCUGCACAGCUGCUGCGGAUGAGGGCUUCCCCUUCUCAGGCUUCUGGCCUUCUCAAACGUUGAGCCAGCUGCAGGAUGCCUUGCACCAGAUGCCUUUCGGUUCUUUCUUAUCAAAGGGGCGUCCGAAUAAUUCAGCAGCAGCAGCAGCACCAUCGCAGCCCCCUAUUCAUGAUCAUUCGCCGGAAGAUAGUCGAGAUGGCUAUGGGGGUCUGUCUCAUCCUCUCCUGCAAGUGCGUGCACCAGCAGAUCCAGCAGCGCAGCAGCUGCAGCUGCAGCAGCUGCAGCAACAGCAACGGCAGAUGCAGCAGAUGCAACAGAUGCAGCAGAUGCAGCAGAUGCAACAGAUGCAACAGAUGCAGCAGAUGCAACAGUUGCAGCAGAUGCAGCAGCAGCAGAUGCAGCAGCAGCAGAUGCAGCAGCAGCAGAUGCAGCAGCAGCAGAUGCAGCAGCAGCAGAUACAGCAGCAGGACCCACUGGGAUUUGCCCCCCCCAUCUUAGGGCUUAGCGUAGCAACGAGUCGUGCUCAUGCUGCUACAGCAGCAGCAGAAAGAGCAGCACACGACCUGCGGGUGCUGAGUAUCUCAGUGGGCGAAUUUGGGGCGUCCCUUCAGCAGCAAAUCUCCUUCCGCAUGCAACAGCAGCAGCAGCAGCAGCAGCAGCAGCAACAGCAGCAGCAGCAGCAGCAGCCUAUGGGGCUAUGGGAGCCCCACGAGUGCUUGCAGCCUUAUUCCUUUGCUGCUGCUGUGAUGCGCACGCUGCAGCAGCAGAAGCAGCAAGCUGAAGAGGCUGUCGCAGCAGCACGAGCAGCGAUUGAGGAAGAAAUGCCGGAGCAGCAGCUUGAUGAGCAGCAGCAGCAGCAGCAGCAGCAAAUGCUGCAGCAGCAACAGCAGCACGUGGCGAUGCAGUCCCCAUCGACGCAGUGGGGGUCUCCUCUUUUAGGAGACAGUGGAGAGCCAGGGGCAGCAGCAGCAGCAGGUUGGGGGUUUGCUGCUGAGGAGAGCAGCAGCAACAGCAGCAACGGGCUGCUGCAGCAGCAGCAGCAGCAAUAUCGGCUUCAGCUGGAGCACCGUUUGUCUGAGGUUGAGGGCAUUCUUGGUGGGGACGUGUCUCUGAUGCAGCAGCAGCUAGAUGGUCUGUUUUCAUUUGCUGAUGCAUGCGCUGUUGCUGCAGUUGCGGCACUGGAGGAGGAGGUGGCAGGGCUGUCUGCUGCUGUUGCUGCGCUGCUGCAGCAAGAUGAACAGUUUGCUUCUACUGCUGUCACUGCGCUGCAGCAGGUCGUGCUGCUGCUGGGAGACAGGGGUUCAGAAAAAGAAGCAACAGCAGGGGCCCAGGAAGCGCUUGAAGACGUGCUGGUGCCGGCGCUGCAGCAGCUAGAGCAGCAGCAGCAACAGCUGCAGCAGCAGCGCAUGCCUGUGCUGCAGCAGAUUAAAGUCACCCGCCGGCGUUUGAGUAUGUUUAUGGAAACUGCUGCAGGCAUUGCGAAGUCUGGAGAAGGCGACAGCAGCAGCAGCAGCAGCAGUGGGGGGGGUCCCUUCUGUAAGCAGCUGCUGCAGCAGUGGCAGCAGCUGCAGCCCCCUGACUUCCAGGGGCGCUUGCUGCAGCAGCAGCAGCUACUACUCGAUAGGAUUGUGGAAGGGCUUACCUCGUUAUGUAGAAACCUGACUGCUUUUAUUAACUCAGACCAAGCAGCAGCAGCAGGAACCGCAGCAGGAGCAGCAGCCGCAGAUGCUGCAGACACCAAGCAUACUGUCUCUUCAAAGGUUCUCACGCAGCCCUCGCACAUGCAGCGGCGUCAGCAGCAUCAGCAGCGGCUGCAGCUACAGCAGCAGGCGCAGCAGCAGCUGCAGUCGUUGCAUUCGAUGCAAACGAAGGGGGAUGGAGGAGACGCCUCCCUUGGUGUGGGGUCGGCAGGUGAGCUGCCUGUACACCCCAAGAGUGUAGAUAUUAUACUAGGUGCAGCAGCAUCCCUCCGUGAUGCUGCGCUGCGGUUGGGCGGUACAGUUCAUGAAGCAGUUAGGCCGUUGCAAGAGCAUGGAGGCCCUUUAGAUCUAGCAGCUAUUUUCCUGCAGCAGCAGCAGCAGCAGCAGCAGCAGGGGCAGCAGCAGUGGGGGAAUGCGCAGCAUAAGGAUGUGGCAGAGUUAAUUGAUGAUAUGCAGCUGCUGCAGCAGCAAUGCCUGCUGCAGCAGCAGCGAAUAGGAGCAGCAGCAAGCUGCUUAAGUGCUACUGCUGUUGCACACCAUGCUGCAUCGGAAGCAGCAGCAGCAGCAGCUGCUGCUGCUGCUCUCUGGAUGUUCGACGAGGAAACAGAGCAACAAGCAGGCAGCUGGCUCGCGCAGCAGCGGCAGCAGCAGCAAGAGGAAGCGCAGCAGCAGGAGACAGAGGUGGGGGGAGGCGACGGCUCUGAGACAGCAACAGCUUCGGCUGCUGUUGCUGCUGCUGCUCAUGAAGGUGAGGGGACAGCGCUUGAUGGAGAAGAAGAUAAAGGCUCUGCUGCAGCAGCAGAAGGAGCAGCAGCAGCAGAAGGAGCUGCAUCAUCAGGAGUUGCAUCAGCAGAAGAAGCUGCAUCAGCAGAAGAAGCUGCAUCAGCAGAAGGAGCCGCAGCAACAGAAGGAGCAGCAGCAGCAGAAGGAGCAGCAGCAGCAGAAGCGGGAGCGAGCUUAGCUGCUGGAUCGUUGGUUGCUGCAGAUGGUGAUGGGGCUACUGCUGUUGCUGCAGCUGUACCUCACGUAGCUUCGGAGCCAGAAGCAGCAGCAGCAGCAGCAGCAGCAGCAGCAGAAAAGCUGCAAGAGGGUAUGGCCCGGUGUGUGUUGGAGCUGGUUAGGCGGAUGGAGGAAGCGGCAGCAAUGUACGCAGGAGCGCAGCAGCUGCUGAAUGCAGCACUAGCAGCAGCAGCAGCAGCAGAAGCAGCAGAGAUACAGCUAUACGAAGAGAGAGCAAGCAGAGAGAAGAGGAUGAUAGUUGAAGGGACGAAGGAGCAUCAACGAAGGGCGUUAAGAAAACAAGCAGCAGCACAAAUAGAGCUUGCUGCUCAACAGCAGCAGCAGCAACAGCAGCAGCAGCAGCAGCACCGACAGCGACAGCAUCCGUUACAGCACCAGCACCAGCAACAGCAGCAGCGACAGCGACAGCAGCAGCAGCAGCGACAGCGACAGCAGCAGCAGCGGCGACAGCGACAGCAGCAGCAGCGGCGACAGCGACAGCAGCAGCAGCAGCGACAGCAGCAGCAGCAGCGGCAGCAGCAGCAAGAUGAGGCUAGGUUUGUGUUAGAGGGAGAGAAGGGGGCAGAUAUAGUAUGGCUGCAUGCAGACGCUGAGGAGACAGUUGGUGGUGUUGCUGCUUCAAGCAGCAGAAGCAUAACAGCUUUCUGA